AUGAAUGGAAUCGAACGCGUCGGCCAAGUCGACAAAGCAGACGGCCGUCGGUUGCUGGUAGCUAUGACGGAAUUCCAGAAUGUAGCUCAACGUAAAUAUCUGGCCCGCACACCCACGCUUGUUCAAUCACCUGAUGAAGGCAAGGAGCCAAGGUAUCGACACAAGACUUAUGGCCGUGCCUAUGAGGGUAUGCAGAUGCUCACUCUGAGUGGCCUUCUCAAUGCUCUAGAUGGUGUCGCUUCGACAGAAGGCCGGAUUCUCUUCAUGACAACUAACUACGUUGAUAGGUAUGUCAAAGUUGCAGUCGUAGCUCUGAAAAGUACUCAUGUCGUAAGUAUUCUUCUUAAUCGGUAA